CGUAUCAUACGGCUCCAAAGGGCUGUUGUUCUCGGAGUACGGUACGUACUGGCGCAACAUGAAGAGAUUGUGCACGUCGCAGCUUCUGAGCGCGUCGAAGGUGUCGUCUUUUGCUGGUGUUAGGGAGAGAGAAGUGGAAGCGACGGUGAAAUCGAUCAAGAGAGCUGCAGCAAGAGGUGAGGCGGUGAAUAUUACUGAGGCGGUGAAUCAUCUUGUAGAGGAUACAACGUAUAAGAUAGUGAUGGGGCGUAGUAGGGAUAAUGAGGUUGAUUUGACUGCCCUAGUUCAUGAUGCUAUUAGCGUCAGUGGAGCCUUUAAUAUCGCAGAUUAUGUGCCCUGGCUUGGAUCUUUUGACCUUCUUCUGGGAUCCACACGAAGGUUGAAGAAAAUUGCUAAAGCUGUUGACCAAGUGUUGGAGAAGAUAAUUGAGGAGCAUCACACUAGAGGUUCUGGUUCGGGUGCAUGCCAUGCCUCGAGGGACCACAGGGAUUUCAUUGACAUAUUACUCUCCCUUAUGAACCAACCCGUUGAUCCACGUGAUGAACAGAGCCAAGUCAUGGAUCGAACCAACGUUAAGGCUAUACUCCUAGAUACUAUUGCAGGCUCAUUUGAAACUUCUGCAACCGUUAUUGUAUGGGUUUUAUCCGAGCUGUUAAAGCAUCCAAGAGUGAUGAGAAACCUUCAAGACGAGCUAGCUAAUUUGGUUGGAUUGAACAAAUUUGUGCAAGAGACCCAUUUGACAAACCUAAGUUACUUGGAUAUUGUGAUCAAAGAAACAUUACGAUUACAUCCUGCUGGAGCAUUUUUUCCCCGCGAAACAAUUAAAGAUACGAUGGUUAAUGGUUAUCAUAUAAGAGAAAAGACAAUAAUCAUAAUAAACUUAUGGGCAUUGGGAAGAGAUCCUAAGGCAUGGUCUAAUAAUGCUAAUGAGUUUUAUCCCGAAAGAUUUUUAACUAAAAAUUUUGACUAUCGUGGCUACAGCUUUCAGUUUAUACCAUUUGGUUCUGGUAGCAGAGGAUGUCCUGGAAUACACCUAGGACUAACUAUGGUGAAACUUAUUGUGGCUCAGUUAGUACAUUGCUUCACCUGGGAAUUACCAUCGAACAUGACGCCAGAUGAGUUGGACAUGAACGAGAAAUUUGCACUCACACUGACUAAAGCCAAGAACUUACAUGCUGUGCCAACGUAUCGUCUUCUUUGUGAAGUCUAAAGGAUACACCUUGAUUUAUUAUGCGUACUUGUUAUUGACUCUACUUUUUUCACUACGAUAUGUUCUUUUUUCCCGUAUGUAAUAGUACAUGUCUCACUUUAAGACUUAAUUUAACACUAUUUUAUAAA